AUGAGGCUAAUGGAUGAAACGGCUGUCCGCAAAGCCUUGAGAAGAAACAAGCUAUGCACAGACUUUAUCAAUUCAGCCUCUUAUCAGAUAUUUUGUUGCUGUGGACCUUCCCCAUGUUCGUUUUGCUGCGCCUGCUGCCCCAGCAUUAAAGCGUCCACUGGUACCAGGCUCAUGUACACAUUCUUUCACAUUCUGGCCUCCACUGUCUGCUGCCUCAUGCUUUCCAGAAAAGUGUCAGAAACUGUCAAGGAACAUGUGCCUUGGAUUUCUCUGCUCUGCAAACAUUUGCCUGGAGGAUCAGACUGUGACAUUCUUGUGGGGUAUACAGCUGUGUACAGAGUUUGCUUUGGGACUGCAUCUUUUUACUUUAUCCAGUCAGUUUUCCUUUACAAUGUGAAAUCUACACAGGAGUUCAGGGCCUUCAUUCACAAUGGUUUUUGGUUCCUGAAGUUCAUGAUAUUGGUUGGAAUGUGUGUUGCAGCAUUCUUCAUCCCUGCUGAAUCUUUUAUACGAGUGUGGCACUAUAUUGGUAUAUUUGGCGGUUUCUCCUUUGUCCUCAUUCAACUAAUACUGAUAACAGCUUUUGCUCACACUUGGAACAAGAACUGGCUGACCGGUGCUUCUAAAGACAAACGCUGGUAUAUAGCUGCCCUUGUCACCACUCUUCUCUUCUAUUCCAUUGCCUCCCUGGCCUUCUAUUUCCUGUACAAGUACUUCACCCAUCCAGCUGGCUGCCUACAGAACAAAGGACUCAUUAGUAUUAACAUCUUCCUGUGUGUAAUCAUGUCCUUCAUUUCAAUCACACCUUGUGUACAGCUCAAACAACCUCGUUCUGGAUUGCUUCAAGCCUCCAUCAUCAGUUGCUAUGUCACAUACCUUACAUUUUCAGCUCUUUCCAGCCGACCUCCAGAAAGAGUUCAGUUUCGGGGGCAGAAUAUCACAGUGUGCAUUCCAAGUAUAAGCAGGGAUGGACUUCAGACUGAAGACACUUCAAUUGCCAUUAUUGGGACAGUCAUCAUGUAUGUGUGUGUCUUGUUUGCGUGCGCUGAAUCCCUCAGUAAUUUACUCUUGAAAAAAAUGUUUGGUCCAAUGUGGAUGGUAAAAGUCUAUACCUACGAGUUUCAAAAAGCUUCCUGCUGUUUCUGUUGUCCUGAAGAAGAUGAAGAAAGAGGGGAACGGAGCUGUAAGGAAGAUAUGGAUGCCAGUGGCGGACAAGCAGUGAUACACGAUGAGCGGGAACGAGUAAUCUACAGCUAUUCCUUUUUCCACUUUGUAUUUGUGCUCGCCUCUCUCUAUGUGAUGAUGACGCUCACCAACUGGUUCAGCUAUGAAGAUUCAUCCCUGGAGUCCAUCUUUACCCAUGGCAGCUGGCCCACAUUUUGGAUCAAGGUGGCCUCUUGCUGGACAUGUGUCAUUCUUUAUUUGUGGAUACUAUUGGCACCAAUGUGCCUUCCUGGACAUGGACAAAACCAGAGGAAUGGACCUCCACAACAUAUGCUGGGAAGGAGACAAUUCCGCAGAGUGACAGUUUCUAAGUAG